GAGCUAAGGCUAGGGUAUGGGAUGACAGGGGUCACCCUCCUCUUUCUUCAUUCUCAGUCAACAAUGGCCCCUUGCAUAAAGGGAGCAGACAGAAGAACAAGCAUGCCAACAGGACAGGUGGUAGUGGAGGAGGAGGGGAUUGUAGACCGUCUAAUCAGAGAAGACCACAGCUGUCAAGGGAUUAUGGUGACGAUGUUACCGGAUUAGAGAAAGAGAUUUCACUGGGUGGCGACAAGAAAAAGUCUAGCCCCAUUUCGCUUAAUCAUUUAUUGAAUUUCACACUAACACCGAGAGAAAGGGGUGUGGCUGGGGGUGGGGACUAUUCUGUAGAUACUCACGGCCGAGGGAGGCACAGGAGACCAUCUCAUUAUAAUAAAGAACAAUUCUUGCAAGCGAACUGCCAGUUCAUAGUUAGAGAGGACACAGUUGACUACAGUCAGUAUACUUAUGAUCCUGAUCUACUUGUUGAAUGGGACACCAUUGAACAAGUGAGGCUCUUUUGUUCUGAUAUACCAUCAUGUCCUAUCUGUCUUCAUCCUCCUACUGCCGCUAAGAUGACUCGCUGUGGACACGUCUAUUGCUUCCCUUGCAUACUCCAUUAUCUAUCACUGAGUGAGAAGAAAUGGAGAAAGUGUCCAAUUUGUUACGAAUCAAUUUACAAAAAAGAUUUAAAGAGUGUCUCCACACUACUGUCAAACAAA